UGUAGAUAGGGGGCAGGUCUCUAUGCAAAUAUUAACACCUGUAGGUUCAGUGUGCGCCGGCUGUGUGUUUUGCUAACGUGUCGUUCACAGAUCCCCAGCAGAAGAACCGGACGGGAUUUGUCCAUCAUGAACAGUCGAUUGGACGAGAAGAGAAGGACAGACGUUUCGGAGGUGUUUUGGUUUGGUUUUGUUUAAACGGGAGAGUCUCCAGAGUCGAGCUGCCCUCUCUGUCGGUUUCGACUGUGGGGUUUCAAUGCAGAAAGCCUUUUGCCCGGCGCUGCCUCGGCUUAGCCGUGCUGUGCGCGUCUGUGAGACGCGGCGGAAGGGUGCGUCGCUUCUUCAAUACAAUUCAGAGAAGGAAACCCCGCAAGGACUUGAAUAUGUGAUGUAGUGAUUCUGAGAAUUAAAAAAAGACUUGGUUUCAUUUCUGCGAUAUCCUGUCACCUUCCAACGCGACAUAUAACGGUUUCCCAACAUGAGUCUGAUCUACAAGAAGAUCCUGCUUUGGCUGUUGUGCUCCUCUGUGGCCAACCUCCUUCUCUACACCUUCCUCUCUCUCUCCAGUACCUCUCCCGACGGGACGUCCCAAGCCAGGGUCCGCCCCAGGGUGCUCAAACCGGACGGGGUCUUUUGGAAGCUCUCCCUGGACGAGAGCGCCCUGUGGAACCACCUCCAGCACGCUCUGGACCGCGCGCAUAACCCCAUCCUGAGAAACGGAACGCCCAGCAGAGCGGUUCCCCGGCUCAGCGGGCGCUGCCAGCCCAACCCAGGGGUGUCGACCCGGGUGCGAGACUUCAAUACCCUUCCCAGACGGGUCAAGGACUUCGUGGUGUCCAUGCACUGCCGUGAUUACCGCUUGGUCAUCGAUCAGCCGGGGCUGUGCAAGGGCGAGCGACCCACCCUGCUCCUCGCCAUCAAAUCCCAGGUCGCCAACUUCGAGAACCGGCAGGCGAUCCGGGAAAGCUGGGGCCGGGCCGGGAGAAUCGGGAACGCCACCGUCAAGCGGGUGUUCCUCCUGGGGAGGCAGGAUCCAGACUCGGGACACUUCCCGGAUCUGACAGGGCUGCUGGAGCUGGAGAGGAGACGUCACGGAGAUCUCCUCCUGUGGGAUUUCAAAGACACUUUCUUCAACCUCACCCUGAAAGACGUGCUGUUUCUCAAGUGGCUGGGGAGGAGGUGUCCCGGGGCCAGGUACGUCUUCAAAGGGGACGACGACGUCUUCCUCAACACGGAGGCCCUGCUGGGACACCUGGAGAGCAGGUCCAAUGAGAGCCGGGAUCUGUUUUUGGGACAGGUGAUCCGUCACGCUGCCCCGCUCCGGAAAGUCAAGCAGAAGUACUACGUGCCCAAGAGCCUGUACGAGGGGGGCUACCCAGCUUACGUAGGGGGAGGAGGGAUGGUUUAUUCGGGGGACUUGGCACUAAGGCUGGGCAGAGCGAGCGACCGCGUGGUUCUCUUCCCCAUCGACGAUGUCUACAUGGGGAUGUGCCUUGAGAAGCUGGGGGUCUCCCCUACGGAACAUCCUGGCUUCAGGACCUUCGAUAUUUCGGAAGGGGACCGGGACAACCCCUGCGUGUACAGGACGCUUGUUCUGGUGCACAGACGGACGCCCAGGGAGGUUAUCCGGUUGUGGAAACGCAUGCAUGAUCCGGAGCUGAAAUGCUAGCAAAA